AUGGCCCCCUCUAUAGUCCCUACGAGCUUCGAAGUCAUAUCAGCGCUCUUAUGGAUUUUGCGGACCAAAGCUCUCGGAAUUCAUCCUCACGAGACAGUGAAGCUUCUCAUUGCGGUCGAUGGUCGGCCCAAGUUCGACCCUCCUUUGCCGAGUGGCUACUUCGGGAAUGUCCUUGUGUGGUCCUAUGCAGAGUGCAGAGCGAGAGAACUGUUUCACAAGCCCUUCUCGUUUGCUGUCCAGACUGUGCACGAGGUGCUCCAAUGCGUCACCGAUAGUUAUAUACGGUCGUCCAUUGACCACAUCGAGCUGAACAGGGUCGUGGUCGAUCGUGAGGGCAACACUUGCUGCAUCAGCAAGUGGAGUCGGCUCCCUUUUUACAAGACGGAUUACGGGUUUGGGAGGCCGUUCCAAGUGGCACCAGCUACUGUCCCCCAAAACGUCGUCUUGGUCUCUUCUCAGAGCACGGAGAGCGACAACUUGGUUGUGUCGCUGGGGCUUCCUUGCGAUGCCAUGGAUGUUUUUUCAAAGUUGAUUCAGUCUGAGCUCACACUGAAAAGCAAGUUUUAG